ACCUAUAUGAUCAUAUAUAGGGCAAGCUAGCGAGGUCGGCAGCUGCUGAACUCGAGUAGACCCCCAUCUUUCUCUAUUAAAGCCCCAGAAUCUUCCGCACCAAGUUUAGAUUUUCUCUUCUCUCAUAAAACACUCGCUACAACACAAUGGCUCCUCCUGAUGCUUCUCAUGCUCUUAAAGUGAGGCAAAGUGUUCAACUGUUUUUAAAUGCUGCUCAAACUGGGAAUCUUGAUCUUCUCAAGAGGAUAGCGCAGCAACUAGAUGAUCAGGGUAAAGGGAUGGCAACAACCGUGGCUGAUAUAAAAGAUGCCAACCAACGAGGGGCACUACAUUUUGCAGCAAGAGAGGGCAAGACUGAUGUGUGCAAGUAUUUGUUGGAGGAAUUGAAUCUUGAUGUUAAUACACAAGAUGAAGAUGGUGAGACUCCUAUUCUUCAUGCUGCCCGUCAAGGACAUGCUGAAACUGUCAAAUAUCUCUUUGAGCAUGGGGCCAAUCCUGCCAUACCGAGUAACUUAGGAGCCACGGCUUUGCAUCAUUCUGCAGGAAUAGGAAAUAUUGAAUUGCUGAAGUAUUUACUCUCCAAAGGUGUUGAGGUUGAUUCAGAAAGUGAUUCUGGUACUCCUUUAGUUUGGGCAGCUGGUCAUGCUCAACAAGAUGCUGUGAAAGUUUUGUUAGAGCACCAUGCCAAUCCUAAUGCUGAAACUGAAGAUAACAUCACUCCACUAUUGUCAGCUGUAGCAGCCGGUUCUCUAGCAUGCUUAGACUUGUUAAUUCAGGCAGGUGCUAAUGUGAAUAUUGUUGCUGGUGGAGCAACCCCAUUGCACAUUGCUGCUGAUAUUGGGAGCACAGAAAUUAUUGAAUCCUUAUUGAAAGCUGGAGCUGAUGCUAAUGUCGUGGAUGAGGAUGGUCAGAAGCCUAUACAAGUUGCAGCUGCAAGAGGCAACCGUGAGGCUGUUGAGGUCCUUUUUCCCUUGACAUCAGCAAUUAACUCUGUCUCAGAAUGGACAGUUGAUGGAAUUCUUGAAUAUAUGCAGUCUGAAACAAGCAAACCGGAAGAACGAAGAAACAUGAAGGAAAAUAGUUUAUCAGAGGACAUAAAACCCAAGAAAGAUCACCCUGAGGUGGGACCUGAAUUAAAGAAGAAAGCUGCAGAAGCAAAAUCUAGAGGACAGGAGGCUUUCAAUAGAAAGGAUUAUUACUUGGCUAUAGAUGCUUAUACACAAGCGAUGGAUCUGGAUCCUACUGAUGCUACAUUGCCUUCCAAUAGAAGUCUUUGUUGGCUUCGACUUGGACAAGCUGAGCAUGCCUUAGCUGAUGCAAAGACAUGCAGAGGAUUAAGACCUGACUGGCCAAAAGCUUGCUAUCGCGAAGGAGCAGCAUUGCGUUUAUUGGAGAGAUAUGAUGAAGCAGCCAAUGCUUUGUAUGAGGGCGUGACGCUUGCCCCUGAGAAUAAAGAGCUUAUUGAGGCUUUUAGGGAAGCUGUGGAAGCUGGUAAGAAGUUCCAUGGUACAGAUAAGAAGUAACAGCUUGCUCAAAGUAAAGAGACAAAGGACCAAAAGCCAUGUAGUUAACAUUGUGCUGCACUCCCACAUUUUCGUUGUGAGGAAUUACAAGCUUACCGUUGUUUCUGAUAUGAUACCCGUAGAAAUGAAUGAAUCAAUCAACUGGGUUGUACAUAGCAAGUUACAAACGAAUAUUGAAGAGAAUAUGAAAAGCUGUAUUGUCUCUGUGAGCAUCUCGUGAUUUUGAUGGAUUUCCUUGACCCACAUAUUUUUGCUUGUUCUUUUUCCGAGUACUGGAUUUGAGGUACCGUACUUGCUGGGGAAGCUGGAAUUGCGAUUGUCAAUACAGCUACUUCAGGCGGUCCGUGAUACUUUUGUGAAAAAGAUGUAUUAAUUUUUCUUAAAGAAUUACACUGAUUAUUGAGAUUUCA